CCACCAUCACCACCACCACCAUCGUUACCACCACCACCACCAUCGUCACCACCAUCACCACCACCACCACCAUCGUCACCACCAUCACCACCACCACCACCAUCACCACCACCACCAUCGUUACCACCAUCACCACCACCACCAUCGUUACCACCACCACCACCUUCACCAUCACCACCACCAUCACCACCACCACCACCAUCGUCACCACCAUCACCACCACCAUCGUCACCACCAUCACCACCACCACCACCAUCGUUACCACCAGCUCCAUCACCACCACCACCACCAUCGUCACCAACAUCACCACCACCACCACCAUCACCACCACCACCAUCGUUACCACCAGCUCCAUCACCACCACCACCACCAUCGUCACCACCAUCACCACCACCACCAUCGUUACCACCAGCUCCAUCACCACCACCACCACCAUCGUCACCACCAUCACCACCAUCGUCACCACCAUCACCACCACCACCACCAUCGUUACCACCAGCUCCAUCACCACCACCACCACCAUCGUCACCAACAUCACCACCACCACCACCAUCACCACCAUCGUUACCACCAGCACCAUCACCACCAGCACCACCAUCGUCACCACCAUCACCACCACCACCACCAUCGUUACCACCAGCUCCAUCACCACCACCACCACCAUCGUCACCACCAUCACCACCACCAUCACCACCACCACCAUCGUUACCACCACCACCACCAUUGUCACCCCCAUCACCACCACCACCAUUAUCGUCACCACCAUCACCACCACCACCACCAUCACCACCACCACCAUCGUUACCACCACCACCACCAUCGUCACCACCAUCACCACCACCACCACCAUCGUUACCACCAGCUCCAUCACCACCACCACCACCAUCGUCACCACCAUCACCACCACCACCACCAUCACCACCAUCGUUACCACCACCACCACCAUUGUCACCAUCACCACCACCACCAUUAUCGUCACCACCAUCACCACCACCACCACCAUCACCACCACCACCAUCGUUACCACCACCACCACCAUCGUCACCACCAUCACCACCACCACCACCAUCGUCACCACCAUCACCACCACCACCACCAUCACCACCACCACCAUCGUUACCACCAUCACCACCACCACCAUCGUUACCACCACCACCACCUCCACCACCACCUUCACCAUCACCACCACCACCUUCACCAUCACCACCACCAUCACCACCACCACCACCAUCGUCACCACCAUCACCACCACCAUCGUCACCACCAUCACCACCACCAUCGUCA